AUGAACCAUCCAAGUGAUGAACUUUCGAAGAAAGUUGUCGUCUCACAACCGCCAACUCGAAAAUCUCGUUCGAUCAGUCGAUAUUUUCUUGGUAAUAAACGUGCCAGCGUCGAUAAUCCGGCGCAAAGCACGAAUGAUAUCUAUCGUUGUUUAAUAUCAGUGGGAAUAUUCGAUUCGUACGAUCUAUGGGCACAUGUAACUCUCUUUCGUGAUUACACCACAUGUCGACGUUUAAUGAUUUUAACAACUAAAAACGAAUUGAUUAUUGGUAAAUAUAAUCAUCGACAUGUUUUAUAUAAGAUCAAACAACGUGUUGACUUAAAUCGUGUUUGGUUAUACACACAUUUAAACGAUUCGGCCGCCGCGGAAAUCACCUCAUUAAAUUAUUAUGAUUCUACUCGGUCGUUGAUUAUCGGAUGGCCAAUAGCGGAGAAUUUUGUUAUUGAAUUCGAAACGAAACCUAUGCGAGAUAUUUGGAAAGAACACAUUGAAUCUACGCUUCGUUCGUGGUGGCAGUUGAACAAUUCCCAUAUCGAACACGUUCGCAUUGUCAUCGAUCGAAAUUCUGAAUUAGAUCAAAAUAACACCACGCCGUCAUUCUUAAUUCGUAAAGUAAUCGGCAUUCGAGCUGAAGAAACAGUUCAUGAUUUGAUUAGAAAAUGUAUCGAUGCAUUUCAUCUUCGAGAUCCAUUGGUCGACAAUUAUGUCCUAUUUGUCACCCACGAUCAAUCUAAUGGAACACUUCCAACAACAAAUCUGAAUGUCUAUUCAUCUUCUCAAAUAACAAAUAUCCCAUUAAUUGGCCAUGAACAUCCGUACGCAAUUAAAAUGAAACAUAUCAAAACAACGAACCAUGGAUUGCCCAACCAACGAUCGUUUGAAGGAGAAGAAUUUUUAACACAUCCGACGAAUCAACACAGUUCAACAUCGAGCUUGAACAAUGUUUCAACAACGAAUUAUCAUGAUUUUGAGUUGCGUAAGCGCGACAUUCUGACAGAUAAUCCUUCGAGAAAAUAUCGUUUUUUUCACAAGAGAAAAGCCAAAACUCAACAAACGCUGACUGAUGGAUAUCACUCCUCUUCAACUCCGUAUCUUAGUUCACCGAAUCAAGCAAACAAUCGAUACUCCUUUUUCGGUCAACCACUCGAUGAACUCAUAUUAAGAUACGAUCAUCAAUUACCGCCUAUUAUCAUGCAAUUAUUUGGAAUUUUGUUUUCCAAAGGGCCCGACACUAUAGGUAUAUUUCGUAAAGUAGCUAAUACGCGAUCGGUUAAAGAAUGUAUCGAUAAAAUUGAACGGAAUGUCUCGAUACACGACGAUGAGUUACAUCCAAUCUUAGCUGCUGGUGUUUUUAAACACUUUCUGCGUUUGUUACCUGAACCAUUGUUUACUUCGAUUCAAUACGACAAUUUUAAAAAAUGUCUUCGACUUUCCACAUUACCCGAGAAGAUCUCUUUUGCGAGAAAAAGCAUCAUUUCGACUCUACCCGAAGCCAAUCAUUUAUUAUUGAAAGGUUUCAUUUGUACACUUCAUCACAUUGCUGAACGUGCUCAUACGAAUGGUAUGAAUCCGUUUAAUUUGGGUUUGUGCGUAUCGAAUAGUUUAUUUAAAACGGAGACAACAACGAUUCGAUCGGGAAAACAAGAGGCUGAUGUUAUGUCAUCUGUGGUCGAGUUUUUAAUUCAAAAUUGUUCAACAUUAUUCGGUUCAGAUAUCCUCACCUGCAUUCCAGAUAAACGCAUUGUUAUUCAUGAAAUUCAAAAUCGAACUCGUCCAAAUGCAUCAUCAAUGGAAAGUCUCGAUGAAGUCGAAUCAUCUCCACAUCUACCACUUGUUAGUCGUUCACAUGAUUCUGGUUUAGCUGCAUCUGAUCCACCGUUCAAUGACGAUAGUUCUGAAAUCAGCGAACAUUUUCGUCGUACUAAAGCUCCAUUGCCUAUUCCCAUGCCUGACUGGACAACAUCUAUCGCUUGUGGACGAGGCAUUGUUUUAACUAGUAUCGUCAUUCCAAAUUCGAAUUCGACAUUAACUACAUUCGCCGUUGCGCGUCGUCGUAGCUCGAAGAAUACCUAUAAACCAUCGAAGCGAUUUUUAGAAAGAGAGAAACUAACAAGCAAUACCACUGAUGAUUCGGACAAUAAUUCAAGUAUGCGUUCGUCAGCAACAACCAUUCAUAAUAUAACCAUUGGCAAAGUCAAACGAUCUAAAUCGUUAUCUCGUCAUUCAUCCUUAGGUAGUGCUGAACAUCGACAACAACCAAAACAAUUAACAAAAGAAUCUCGACGCUUAAACACAGUAGAUGUCAAACGGACGUCGUCAUUGAAACAAUUUCAUUGUUUAUCCGAUAACGAUACAGAUGAUGAUACUGAACAAAAUAGUAACAAACAAGUAACUAUCAAUGAACGACAUGUAACAACAACGAAAUCUAAAACUACUGCCGGCGAUGAAUAUAUAUCAACAAGCAGAUCGACACCUGAGCAGCAGGACCUAGACUUAACCACGGAAACAUUAAGUAUGAUGAAUCAACGUUUGUCAAAUUCGUCAAUGUCACUCACAUCUCGUUCAACAUCAUUCACAUCGAUACCAGUCGUGAAGAAGCCGGAUAUAACUUUAAAUCAAACAUCUCCGCCGAUUCUCAAUCAUCAACAACCGAUUAUAGGUGACAGUCGAUCACGAUACAACAGUCCAUUGACGUUAACAACGAACAAGAUUCAUCUCAUAUCUCAAAUGAAUGCCUGUGCUGAACAAUUAAAUCUCUCUCAUACCCUCGCACAAAAAUCUCGGACAGAUCGUGGUGGACGAACAUUCGUUCAUCAUUCUAGUUCACGACUAUUCACACUUGGCGAAGCAAUUCAAAUGAAGCCAAUUGAUGAAUCCAUUUUAUCGAAUGAUAGACGCCGUUCAUGUCAUCGACAAAACGCUCUGCGAUACAAAAUGACUGAACAAGAACGACAAUCACGUGUAUCCGAACCAGUUAUAAUCAAUCACAAUCCAACGAGUAUUUCGCGAUAUCAAUCAAUCGAACGACGUGCCACACCGCCGCCUCAACCAAUGAAAUCCUUUUCGUUUGAUUGCGCUACUGAUACAUCACUUUCUUCAGAUCACUCGUUUCCAGUACGCGAUAGAACGAAAUAUUUCGAACAUUCAAAUCAACAUAAAUUAUCGACAGGUCGUGAAAACUAUGUGUAA